AUGGUUAUCCGAUCACUUGAUAUCAAGAAAGAUCAUUUUCGUCCUCGAGAGGAUGAUGAAGAACUCCUUGGUCCUGAAGUGCCCUAUCUUAGUGCGAUUGGUGCUCUUUUGUAUCUUGCAAAUUGCACAAGACCUGAUAUAAUUUUUUCAGUCAAUUUAUUAGCACGAUACAGUUCUGCAUCAACUCGCAGACAUUGGAAUGGAAUCAAACACAUACUGCGAUAUCUUCGUGGCACAACUGAUAUGGGCUUGUUUUAUUCGAAGGCACCAAAUUCUCCAUUAAUUGGAUAUGCAGAUGCCGACUAUCUCUUUGACCCACAUAAAGCUUAUUCACAAAUAGGAUAUGUGUUUAUCUGUGGCGGCAAUGCUAUAUCAUGGUGA